AAGAAAGAAGUUAGAUUACAUUAUUGAGUAAUUUUAUAUCACAUGUGCAUUUCACUUUAAUCAAUACGAAGUGGAGGAUCUAUAUUAUUGUUUACGCUAUGAUUAAACUGUCAUUAGCUCCACUAGUCGAUGUAUGACAGUUUACGAGUAUUAGUGAUUUUUAAUGCAUAUUCGAGUAUUUAAAAAUAAACAGAGAUGAGACAUCCUCAUCUACAGCUGUUUUAAUGUACAAGAUAUAGCUGACACGGAAAUAAAACUCAAAUUCGCAACGAAAGCUUUCGCAACAGCUUAAUAUGAUUACGUUACGGGGAAAACUAAAAAAGGAUACUGAUAUAGCAAACUCGAAGAAUAAAGACUUUAAUAGACGAGUCUCUAUACGUGAUAAAUUAUUGAUCAAGGAGGUACAAGAAAUGGAACAAACGCUGCCAGUAACUUGUCAAGUGACAUUCAAUGAUCCACAUCAGCUUCAUGAAUUUGUAUUGUUAAUUGUACCGGAUGAAGGAUAUUGGCUUGGUGGUCAUUUCUAUUUCCAGAUUUAUAUAACCGAGGAAUACAACAUGGCGCCACCAGUAGUAAAGUGUUUAACAAAAUUAUGGCAUCCUAACAUAAGUGAAGAUGGCGAUGUAUGUCUCUCUAUCCUAAGGCAAAGUAGUAUCGAUGGAAUGGGAUGGGCACCAACGCGCAAACUGAAAGAUGUCGUAUGGGGUUUGAAUUCCCUUUUCACCGAUCUUCUAAACUUCGAUGAUCCCUUAAACAGAGAUGCUGCAGAUUUAUAUGUUAAGGAUAAAGAAUCUUUUCGGAAUAAAGUGAAAGACUAUGUAAUGCAAUACGCAAAGAGAUGAUUUACAUUAUAAUGAUUUUAAGGUGGGAAUAGAUUGACAUUUGUGAAACUAAUUUGAUUUCCCAUUUUAAUAGACAGAACAAUUUAACUUGAUUUUAAAUUAGUGGUUUGAGUUUUUUAUAUUCUGCUAGUCUUUUUGAAAAUUUUUUUUUAUUAUAUAUUCGUUCUAUAUUUUUCAUUAUAUAACUGAUAUUUUUAUUGUAACGAAAAUUGUACUAAUAUAUAUAUUAAUUAUGAAUCGUGCUGGAAUAUACAAACAAAAAAUUGUAAAUGUAUUGAAAGGUUUAAGAAUGAUUCGUAUGUACAAUAAUGUUUUUUCUCUUCAUAAAAUAUUACCGGUGAAGCAUUUGUAAAUAAAAUGGGUGUUUAUUAAUAUA